UCCCUUUCUUUAUUGCCCACUUGGUGUUCUUUGUUGCUUUUUAAAGUUUUCACAAUCCUCCAGUAUAUCACUACUCUUGGCGAGUUUGUACGCACUUCACUCGUUUUCGCUCGCUGAUGCCAGAGGAAGGUGAAGAAUCUUGGGUAUUGGACAGGGUUUGAUUGGCGUGGCUUGUGGAUUCAACUUGUUUUUCGAGAACAUGUUACACUUGUUUCUGGUUGUUGGUAACUUCUUUUUUUACUUGCUACUUAGUGUGAUUUUGAAUGGGGAACUUUAGGGCUGACUGGCUCUGUGGCCUGCAGAGAACGAACGACACAGUGUUAAAUUGAACCGAGCUGAACUAUACUGAACAUUCUUAGAUCAUUUCAGCGACUCUGCGGUUUGAUGUUUAAUAUCCUGUGUGUUCUUUGCUUGUUUUUUGCUAUUUGGACUAUUGGUUCUUUUUUUUUGCAUAUUGAGUGUUUGAUAUUUUCUUUGAAAGGGUUCCAUGGCAUUUCUUUGUUCCAUGGCUGCCUGUGGGAAGAUGACUGGGAUGUAUACUGAAUACAUACUUUGACAAUAAAUAUACUUUGAAUCGUUGCAGAUGCUGAAGACCGGACAGAGUGUAGGUGUUCAGCGAAACGGUCUCCCAGUCUGCAUCAGAUACUCUGGAUUUGUAUUUAUCCACCGUUUAAAGCCCCAGUUGGCGUGUUCCUUCCCGUCCUGAACAAACUGAGACAAGCCCUUCUCUCGGUCAUUGAUUUUCAGCCUUAUUUGUGUCUUCCCGAUCCCUCCGUCACUCAAGAUUAACUGGAAGAGACCAGGACACCUUACCAUUGAACAUCAGCAGAAUGUUCAUUCCCUGAAUUUGCAGCGCUUGUGGUGGGCAAUCGUGGUACUGCAGGGGUUCAACAGUUUCUCGAGAGUACAGUAAAAGCAUUUUGAACCAGGAAGUACGUACCGGGAGCUAAUAUGGCUUCGAAAGGACAGGACGAGAAUUUAACCGAGGAGGUAAUUUGUCCCAUCUGCCUGGAUUUCUUUAUCGAUCCGGUUAUACUGGAGUGUGGACACAAUUUCUGCCGCUCCUGUAUCACACGCUUUUGGGAAAGGGAGGAGAGAAACUCCUGUCCGGAAUGUAGAGCGCAGUUUGCAGACCGCACCCUCAGGUCCAGUCGACUCUUAGCAAGACUGGCUGAAAAAGCUCGAAAACUGCACCUGAAGCCGAAAGAGAAUGAAAUUAAACGUCACUGCGAGGAACAUGAGGAAGAAAUGAAGCUGUUUUGUGAAACAGACAAGAAAAUGAUCUGCGUGAUUUGUAAGUGUGCCCAGGAGCACAGAGGGCACCGCUUUCUGUCGAUUAAAGAAGCUGUUGAAAUCUACAAGGACCAGGUUAAAUCUUCUAUAGAAUCCCUCACAAAAAAGAAAUCAGACUUUCAGCAAACGGAGAAGCAACAGAUUCAGAAGAUUUCCGGAGUUCGGGAACAGUCUCGCCAUGUUCAGUCCCACAUCACAGCCCAUUUUGUUGAACUGCACCAGAUUCUUGCUGAGAAAAAGCAACACUUUCUCCGAGAUCUCAGGGAAGAAGAGGAGAGGAUUCUAAAUCCAAUGGAGAAAAAUCUUCGUGAGAUUCAAGAGAAUUUAAAUUCUAUUCAGGAGGAGAUUUCAACAUUACGAGCACGGAUGAAUCUAACAGACAGUGUGAGGUUUCUCAAGGAAGAAGUUCAUCAGAAGAGAAGCGUAAGCGAUGAAACCCCAAUGUUGUCGGUGACAGACGGUGCCCUGACGUUGGAGAAAUUCAAUAAUCUCUUUUCGCUAGAAACAUUGUUGAAAGAAACUUAUAUUGCCAUUAAGCAAGUCUCUGUGACCCUGGAUGUGGAAACAGCAGGUCCGGGGCUCGUGGUGUCAGAAGACCGGAAGAAAGUGAAAUGGACCAGGUCCACGCCAGAUCUUCCUGACACCGGGAAGAGAUUUACAGUCGGUGAUUAUGUGCUGGGAUCAGAGGGAUUCACAUCGGGAAGACAUUACUGGGAGGUGGAUGUGGCGGGAAAUCGGCGCUGGAGGCUGGGAGUCGCCGCGGAGUCUGUGGAGAGGAAGAGAGGGGUUAAACUGAAAACAGACAAUGGAUUCUGGACCAUCUGGCGUCAGAAUGAUGAGAUUAAUGUGAACACCUCCCCUCCAUCCUGUCUUACUGCCAGUUCCAUCCCUGGGAGGGUGGGUAUUUAUCUCAGUUAUGAGUCUGGGAGAGUUUCAUUUUACAACGCGGAGAACAGAUCCCAUCUCCACACCUUCACUGGGAAUAAGUUCACGGGAAAACUUUAUCCUUUCUUUGGAACUGUGGAUGAAAACGAAUGGGUCAGAAUCUGCUCUGUGCCCCUGCAGAUCUGUACACGGGAGGGGUCUGGGCAUCGGCGUCAGAUGCCAGGCUCAGGUUCUGUGAAAAACCUCGCUGUCACCAGAUUGGUGCUGAAAGGGUCCCUUUUAAUUCCCAAAUUCCGCACUGUGGUCAUCCAGUGAGCCUGGAAAUGGAAUGCCUGUAGAGAUAUAAAUGUUGACUUUAGUAUUUUGGUUGAUUGUCUGUCCUUUUGGGUGUGGUCUUACAUUGAAAGUAUUAUGCUUCUUGGAUUUUCUGACCAUGUCAGGGUUACAUAUGGUGACAUAUAUUUAUUUUGAUCUUGAAUUGGAAUUUACAAGACAUGUCAUUCAGGGAUUUGGGUUUUAUAUAUAUAUACAGAUUAACAAUGGGACUCUAUGUGUACUGGCAUCCUAAAUGUGCCUUGUGCUCUGUAUGACUGUUGGUAUUGUGUUUUGCCCUGCAGGAAAACUCUUUUGCUUGGCUGUAUUCAUGAGUAUUCUUGUAAGAUUGGAUGAUAAAUAAACAUGAACUUGAACUUUCAG